GGGCGGGACUUCCGGGGCGAGGCUUCGCCAGCGACAAAACUCCCCGGAUGCGUUGCGGCAGAGACCGGCUUGGAAAGAACUUUCUAGAAGAGCCAGGCGCGGCGAGCGCAGCCGAGACCGGAGCCCGCCCAGCCCCCCCCGCCGGCCGCCCGCCAUGGUGAAGGAGACCACGUACUACGACGUGCUGGGGGUGAAGCCCGGCGCGUCGCAGGAGGAGCUGAAGAAGGCCUACCGCAAGCUGGCGCUGAAAUACCACCCCGACAAGAACCCCAACGAGGGCGAGAAGUUCAAGCAGAUUUCCCAAGCCUAUGAAGUUCUUUCUGAUCCCAAGAAGAGAGACUUGUAUGACAAAGGUGGCGAACAGGCUAUUAAAGAGGGUGGUACCGGCAGUAGUUUUGGGUCACCCAUGGAUAUUUUUGACAUGUUCUUUGGAGGAGGUGGAAGAAUGCAGCGAGAGAGGAGAGGUAAAAAUGUUGUUCAUCAGUUGUCAGUAACUUUGGAAGACUUAUAUAAUGGUGCAACAAGAAAACUGGCUCUGCAGAAGAAUGUGAUCUGUGACAAAUGUGAAGGCCGAGGUGGUAAGAAAGGUGCAGUAGAAUGCUGUCCCAAUUGCAGAGGUACAGGCAUGCAAAUACGAAUUCACCAGAUAGGACCAGGAAUGGUUCAGCAAAUCCAGUCUGUGUGCAUGGAAUGCCAGGGACAUGGGGAGCGUAUCAGUCCUAAGGACAGGUGUAAAAGCUGCAUUGGAAGGAAGAUUGUUCGAGAGAAGAAGAUUCUAGAAGUUCAUAUUGAUAAAGGAAUGAAGGAUGGUCAGAAGAUAACAUUCCAUGGGGAAGGGGACCAAGAACCAGGACUAGAGCCAGGAGACAUCAUUAUUGUCUUGGAUCAAAAAGACCAUUCUACAUUUACAAGGCGAGGUGAAGACCUGUUCAUGUCCAUGGACAUACAGCUGGUUGAGGCACUGUGUGGCUUUCAGAAACCUAUUGCAACACUGGAUAACAGAACUAUAAUUAUUACGUCUCAUCCUGGUCAGAUCGUCAAGCAUGGAGAUAUCAAAUGUGUGCUGAACGAGGGUAUGCCAAUUUAUCGCAGACCGUAUGAAAAAGGGCGCCUGAUCAUGGAGUUCAAGGUAAACUUCCCAGAGUGUGGCUUCCUCUCCUCUGAUAAGCUCUGUCUAUUGGAAAAACUUCUACCUGCAAGGAAGGAAGUGGAAGAAACUGAAGAAAUGGACCAGGUAGAGCUGGUGGACUUUGACCCUUCUCAAGAAAGAAGACAGCACUACAAUGGAGAAGCCUAUGAAGACGAUGAGCAUCAUCCUAGAGGUGGUGUUCAGUGUCAGACAUCUUAAAAUGGCCAGUGAAUACCCAUUGUGAUGCUUGUUUUGUAUGCAUUAGUGGGUGAGUGAAGACCUACAAGCAGCUCACUCGCUCCUUGCUAUUGUUUUUGUUUUAAUAUUCAACCAUAGUUGUGUUUUUUUAAAACAAGUUAAUGAAUAAAAUCAAUAAUAUUAGAAAACCACACACUGACUUUGCAAUUUAUGUAAAGUUCAGGGUGCAAGCUCAGCUGAAGUUGACCAAUGAAGUCAGCUACCCCUGGCUGCUUGUCUUUAUUUCAGGCCUUGUAAUUCUUGUAUUUUAAUUGUGUGCAAAUGCACUGGCUUAGAUUAAGAUUGAGUGGCGGUCUUUUAGAUUCUAUGCCCUGUUAAUGAAGUAUACCCAAGUAUUUAUUUAUAGUUCAUGUUAAGAUCAGUGAAAGUUUCUGUUCUAAUCAGACUGUAGAACAUAACCUGUGACUGUUUUGGACUUGUACUGCUAUUCAUCAAAUCAGGACUUGCUCUAAUGCAGCUGCACAGUGCUGUACUGAUUACCUCACUCUGACGAGGAUGUGGUCCAUCUUCACAUGCCCACUUAAACUCCUGCGGAUGCACCAGCUCCCUCAGCCUGCUGGAUUUGAGAUUUUACAGAUCCUUUUGCCUGCUAGCUUCAUUCUUUUGUGACCCACUAGUGGAUUACAAGUGAAGCUUCCUGCUGUUAUAAGCACAGGCAACUUGUCAGGCACUAGUGAACAGUGGGACGGCACUAACAUGCCUAAGGAGAGCUAGAAUUUUAACCCCAUAGUCCUUAUUUGUGAGUGAGGCAAGCAGAACAGCUGAGCUUGCUAUUCUAAAUCCCUAAAGUAGUCUCUGCCUACUGAUGUGAAAUUUGACCUCCAACUUGAUGCAUUAAGUUAGAGGAAGUACCACAGACUCAGUACUGGGGAGUGAAGGUGAAAGGUGUAUGACCCUGUAUAAGGAAUUCAAUAUUAACCAGAAGAGUGGAUGACCAAUUGAGUCCAGUAUUUGUAUCAAAGUUCUCAUCUUUCUGUGUGCAUAAUCUUAAUCUAAUUCUUGAAAGACUCUGUAUUGUUCCAGUUAUUGUAGGCAAAACUUUUCCAAUAUAAUUACAAAACUGUU